AAAUAUGACAGUGCCAAUGUGCAACCUUUCUGUUUGAUAUUUGAGUCUGAUGGCCAGAAAACUCCCUGCCUUCCAAGAUCUGGAGCCAUCUCCCGUAGCUUCUCUAGGGGCAAUUCAAUAGCGCAAAGAUUUGCGCACACAUCCUGUAUAGCAUGCGGCACUUUUGAGCUAAGUGAAUAGUAUCGAGUACUAUGAACAUAAGCAUGGCUGAGUCUGUGUGCCAGAGUAUAUCAAUAUGUGAUGUGUAGCAAGGAGUUCAUCUUCAGGGUGUGUCCAAAUCAAAGGAAUGCCAUCCAAAGCUACCAGGAUUUGAGCCACUUUGAAGCAAACCUGAAGAGAAAGAGAGAGAGGUGCUAAAUUGCUUUCUUGCCAAACAUGCCAACUACUAAAACAACACUGUCUUAUUCCACUUUGCUUAAUUUAGCUUAGCUUCUUGGCCCGUUUCAGCUGACAUCUCAUCCCAAUCCCCAACACCUACAUCACACCCCUUGCUGCAGAACGCUGAAAUGUCAUUCUGGUCCGGUGAGCCAUUCUCUCCUUCCACAACUCCACAAGAACACAGAGAUAAAUAAUUACUAGCCAGGAAAUCAAGCAACACAAGAACUCAAGCACACCGAAUUGCCCAAGGAAGGGAAGGUGGAGAUGAAGAAGGCAACGUCCGGGCCCAAGCUGCUCGCCGCCCACCCGGCGUCCAUGUCCCGCCGCCGCCUCUGGCUGCCCGUCGUGUUCCUCGCGCUCUUCGCCUGCGUGUCCCUGCUCACGCUGCUCUCCACGGCGCGCGCCCCGCCACCACCACCAGGGACACCGCGGCCGCCGCUCAUCCUCGGCGCCACCACCGCCGCCGGAGCCGGAGCCGAGGGCAGCGGGCUGCCGGCGCACGUGUUCGACGCGCUGGUGCAGUACGCGGCGACGGCGGGGAACAACUCAUCGACAUCGAGCAUGCCAGAGCAGGACGUGCGCGCGAUCGCGGCCGUGCUCCGCCGCCGCGCCCCCUGCAAGGCCCUCGUCUUCGGCCUCGGCGCCGAGACGCCGCUCUGGCGCGCGCUCAACCACGGGGCGGGGGGCCGCACGGUGUUCCUGGACGAGAACGCCUUCUACGUGGCCCACAUGGAAGCCACGCACCCGGGUCUCGAAGCCUACGACGUGUCCUACUCCACGGCCGUCAGAGACUUCGAGAACCUUCUGGAACACGCGCGGGCGACGAGGGCCGCCGAGUGCCGGCCCGUCCAGAACCUGCUCUUCUCCGACUGCCGCCUCGCCAUCGGCGAUCUCCCCAACGCGCUCUACGAGGUCGCCUGGGACGUCAUCCUCGUCGACGGCCCGCGCGGGUUCGCGCCGGGGUCGCCAGGAAGGAUGGCGGCGAUCUUCUCGGCGGCGGUCAUGGCGAGGACCAAGGGGAAGGAGACGGACGUGCUGGUGCACGACUUGGGGAGGGAGGUGGAGAGCGUCUGCGCCGGGGAGUUCUUGUGUGAGGAGAACCGCGUCCAGGGGAGCACCAGCACGCCGUCGCUCGGGCACUACGUUAUUCGUGGCGGCGCCGAUGUUGACAGGAAGGCCUUCUGCCGGUCCAUGGCGAAGAAGCUCGCGGCCGCCAAGAAGGCCAGCUAGUCGAGUUCAGCUGAUUGUGUGCGCGGCUUUGAUGAUGACGCCCUUGUGCGAUCUUGUGAUGUGGGCCGUUCGAUCGUCGGGUAAUGGUGUCGAUCGCGGACUGUGGGCGGACAGAAUGGCACCCAUCCGUUGUGGAACAUUUUCCGAUUGUUCUUGCAGCUGUGGCCCCUUGUCCUAAUCUCAAAGGGGAUCAUUUUUUGGGGGAAUUUUUUCUUUGAAUAAUGGAAUCAUUCUCAGUGCCUCGUCCUACAAACCCCCCGACCUCUCUAUCUAAGAGAAUCAUAUACUACUUGUAGGUGAGAUUAUCGACUGGAACUUCAGGAAUCAGGACUUUUCGAGUGACUUUGUUAGCAACGUUCGUAGUUUG